AUGCCUGCCUGGGGGGCCCUGUUGCUGCUCUGGGCUGCCGCAGAGGCCACCAAGGAGUGCCCUGCAGAGUGCACCUGCCAGGCCCUGGAAACCAUGGGGCUGUGGGUGGACUGCCGGGGGCGGGGGCUCACGGCCCUGCCCGCCCUGCCGGCCCACACCCGCCACCUCCUGCUGGCCAAUAACAGCCUUAGCUCCGUGCCCCCCGGCGCCUUCGACCACCUGCCCCAGCUGCAGAUCCUCAAUGUGACACAGAACCCCUGGCACUGCGACUGCAGCCUCACCUACCUGCGUCUCUGGCUGGAGGACCGCACGCCCGAGGCCUUGCUGCACGUCCGCUGCGCCAGCCCCGAGCUUGCCACCGCCCGCCCGCUGGGCCAGCUGACGGGCUUCGAGCUGGGCAGCUGCGGCUGGCGGCUCCCGGCGUCCUGGACCUACCCGGGGCUCUGGUGGGAUGUGCUGCUGGUUGUCGUGGCCACGCUGGGCCUGGCUCUCCUGGCCGGCCUGCUGUGCACCGCUACAGAGAUCCUCAACUGAGCCCAGGCCCCCAGGGUCACCCCUCCCCAGACCCCGCCCGGCCUGGGCAGC